AUGAAGAAUAAAGAAAUAUCUGAUAUCUACAUACAGGAGAACAACCGGACGGAGGUCACAGAGUUCCUUCUCUUAGGAUUUCAGGUCAGUCGAGGUUUAAGACUUUUCCUGUUCUGUCUGUUCCUUGUGGUUUAUUAUCUGAUAAUAUGUGGGAAUCUCCUGAUCAUCACCCUGGUGUCCACCAGCAAGAACCUUCACACCCCAAUGUACUUCUUCAUCUCACAUCUGUCCAUCAGUGACAUCUUGAUUUCCACAGAUAUUGUCCCCAAUAUGCUCCACAUCCUCCUGAAUAAUGGGGGGACCAUGACAUUUAUUGGUUGUAUCACUCAGUUUUAUUUCUUAUGCACCUCAGAAGCAUUUGAGUGCUUUCUCCUCACAGUGAUGUCUUAUGACAGAUAUGUGGCCAUCUGUAAUCCUCUCCGUUACUCCUCUAUCAUGACAAGUGGACAUUGUGUUAUACUGACCGUCAUAUGUUGGUUGUCUGGAUGUUCUGUUACUCUAAUUCUAACCAUAACAACAGCAAUGCUAAACUUCUGUGGACCAAAUAUCAUUGACCAUUUAUUCUGUGAUCUUCUUGCUUUACUAGACCUUUCAUGUUCUGACACUUUCAUGGUUCAUUUGGAGCUUUAUGUAGUAAGUAUUCCAGUUGUCCUCAUUCCAACCGCCAUCAUUGUAGUAUCUUAUACUUAUAUUAUUUUAGCAAUUCGAAGGAUCCCAUCUAAUACUGGUAGACAGAAAGCCUUCUCCACCUGUAGCUCCCACCUCAUUGUGGUCUCCAUAUUCUACUGGACUAUAUUCAGUGUUUAUGUUGUCCCAACAAAAGGCCGUAAACUGGCCAUGAGUAAAAUCCUCUCCCUCUUAUAUACUGUGUUUACUCCUUUGGUGAACCCCAUUAUAUACAGUUUAAAAAAUAAAGAUAUUAAGAAAGCCGUACAGGAAACACUUCAUAAGAGGGAGAUCUGGUGA